GUUCACCUCCAUCUACAUCACCUUCAGCCGAUGUUCCUGCUUCACCACAAGCUUCACCUCAUCCUCAACUGCGUCCAUCUGGUAGCGUGACGAGAAGUUCUUUAGCGCCCCUGCCUGCGUCAAGGAUCACAACAGCAGCGAGCAGCCCUGAUGAUUUUUCAAACGCCGCUCCCUCUCCCAGACCACCGCGGCCUUCGUCACAGCUCGAAGCAGGCCACCCCUCACCGUUGCCGCUUUUGUCGAGGGGCGUUCCGACAGGCAACAACGUGCUACAAGACUUGCGGACCCCAUUGCUUUUAAGGCGUAGAACUAGACGUACCAAAAGUUGACUCUCAAUGAAAACAACUUCUAUGUACUACAAUUUAUUACCUACAUGUGAGUGUAAGACCGAUUAGGUGCUGCAACUCACUACUUUGGUCAUCACCUCCUGCUCUACUCUAUUAUUCAUUGUACCAGUGAUGUUUUCUAAUUCUAUGCAUUGUUGUUGAUCAUUGAUAUUAUAUUUGUAAUUCAUUGAUAUUGAACAUAGAUUGAUACAAUAUAGAAGAUACAGCUAAUGAGCUUGACAGCAACGCCAGGCCCUCUUUAGAUGAACAUUUUGUGUUGCUAAUGCCAGGCUCUUCUGGAACCUCGAACCCGG